GACUGGUUUCAUGAGCUCUUUAAAUUCUGAUUUACUGUCACUGUGUGAAAGCCUGUUCUGUGGAGCCUCAGUCCUCAAAGACUUUCCUUUAGCAACAGUAUUAAAUAGCUCCUAACGUGGAAAUUAUGAGGAAAAAGUGUUUAGUUUUGACAGAGUGGAACUUUCACGUGGGCCAGCUUUCUAUCUGGCACUGUUCCGUUCCAAAGGCGUGUCGUCCAAUAUUGUUUGCGUUUGGAGUUAACAAUAGCAAAUAAUGGAGCCUUGGAUGUAUCCGUGCCGUUUCUCUAAGUGGAACUUGACGUCUUGUGGAACAAGUGUAGCCAGCUCAGAGUGCAGCGAAGAGUUGUUUUCAUCGGUUUCAGUUGGUGAUCAAGAUGACUGUUAUUCCUUGUUGGAUGACCAGGAGUUCACCUCUUUUGAUCUGUUCCCCGAGGGUAGCGUCUGCAGUGACGUCUCUUCCUCUAUCAGCACGUACUGGGAUUGGUCAGACAGUGAGUUUGAAUGGCAGUUGCCUGGCAGCGACAUUACAAGUGGGAGUGAUGUACUUUCUGAUGUUAUACCUAGUAUUCCAAGCUCUCCUUGUCUGCUUCCAAAAAAGAAAAACAAGCAUAGGAAUCUCGAUGAACUUCCAUGGAGUGCGAUGACAAAUGAUGAACAGGUAGAAUAUAUUGAAUAUUUGAGUCGUAAAGUCAGUACGGAGAUGGGCCUUCGAGAGCAACUUGACAUUAUUAAAAUUAUUGAUCCUACUGCUCAGAUAUCCCCUACAGAUAGUGAAUUCAUUAUUGAAUUGAACUGUCUCACAGAUGAAAAACUGAAACAGGUGAGAAACUAUAUCAAGGAGCAUGGGCCUCGACAACGAUCUGCUAGGGAAAGCUGGAAGAGGAGCAGCUACAGCUGUGCAAGUACCAGUGGUGUGAGCGGUGCCAGUGUCAGCAGCAGCAGUGCAAGCAUGGUCAGCUCUGCAAGCAGCAGCGGUUCUAGUGUUGGCAACUCUGCUUCAAACUCGAGUGCCAACAUGAGUCGAGCGCACAGUGAUAGUAACUUGUCCACAAGUGCUGCGGAAAGAAUCCGGGAUUCAAAAAAACGUUCUAAGCAACGGAAACUACAGCAAAAGGCUUUACGCAAGAGACAGCUGAAAGAACAAAGACAGGCUCGUAAGGAAAGACUGAGCGGAUUAUUUCUUAAUGAAGAAGUGCUAUCUCUAAAAGUGACUGAGGAGGACCAUGAAGGAGAUGUGGAUGUUUUAAUGUGACAGGGGUGAAUUUAUCAGUGUUCUUUCUAAGCCUUAACUGUAUUAUCCUUAUUGUUUACAUACAUUUCUUGACCAAAUUUUGAUUAGUGUUAACGAUAUAAGCCAGACUUUCUCAAGUGUAACUUUGGUAAGACAUUUUAAGUGUUGAGUAACUUGAACUUUUUGAGACUAAUUUUGCAACAGAUACUUCAGAAGCUUCAGUGACUUCUGAAAAGCUGCUGAAUAGAUACUAUUUAACGGAGAAAUGAAUUUGGCUAAUAUCCUACUUACCUAAAGAAAUCAGUCUAGGGAUGCUUUUGGAUGACACUAAGCAUGCAGUUCUAUGCUUCAGCUUUUUUUUUUUUUUUUUUUUACCUAGUUAGAGUUAAUGUUACAUUUGGCUUCUUCUGUCUCUUCCUUGUUUGUUAUUGGGAAGGCUGUUUAGCAUGAGAAACAAGUCUUUACAUAGGGCUUUCUUUGAUCUUGCUCUUGGAUCAUACAAAAUCAAAACACUGUGAUAAGUCUUCUUUCCAGAAGCUGUGAUUGUGAUUUUUAUCAAACUACACAGAAAACAAGAAGCAGGACUUCUAAUGUAGAGAGCCUGUAAUACAAAUAGUACUUAAUAAUAUAGUUCUUUAGGAAGCAUUUACAAUUAAAAAAAAAAAAAAACUUGCAAACUUAGUAUUUAAAAAGUUAUUUUGCUGCUCAGUAUCUUAUAGUCUGAUUGUUACUGAUGGUUAACCAGCACAUCCCUGAUAUUGCUAUUAAGAGAUUCAAAUAAAAACGUCUUUAUGCAUUAGAAGUACACUAAUCUUCAAUUAAACUGUCUAGGAUGCUAUUUGCAAUAGUUAAAUGCUACUGAAAAAAAAGUGCAAGGAACUUCAGGGUUUUUUUUUUUUUUUAAAAACCCAGAAGCCAUAUCUAAAUAUAUUCAUUUUGCUGGCAAGAGAACUUAGUUAAUGCAGCUGUGUUUUUCAAUUAUAUGUUAAGUCACUUUACCACCUAACAGAGUAUAAGUUUUCUUUGUGGGUUGUUACAUCAUUACUAAAAUGUUCCAGAACUCUGCUUUUGGAAUAUCUCUUGUUAAGAAAAUGAGGCAAACUUGGGGCUUUCAGAUAGGGAGGUAGAAACAGUUUUACCCUGUUUACUAACCCUGUCAAACUGUAAAGUGACUUCUGUCUUUUAUCUUGGGACUACUUGCUACAGGAAUCCUUCCUCUCCCCCCACUCCCCGAAUCGAUACUUCUAAAUUCCAGUGCAAAAUUCAAAGGGUUACAAAAAUAUUUUCUGGGUUUGAAUUUAGGUGAUUUGUUUAUUAUAUUGGUGCUUCAUUAUUUUCAUUCUUGUGAAGUAAGGAGUUCAUCAGUUUGGGGCCAGAGGUACCUGUAAAGGCAGGAUAUAGCCCAAGCCUGCUGAAUUGCAUGAUUGACUUUGUAUGGGUGUGGGACUAUUCAUGUCCAUCUUGUAAGUCCCCCACACUUAUUAUCCCUGAUGGUGGCCUUUUAGGGAGCUUCACUUAAACGUCAGUCUUGGCAAGCUUUUAAACUAAAUUGGGGAGAAACUGCAUUCUACGAGUGGUGAAAUGCGAACAGUAAUGCAUUUGAGAUCUUACAUCAGAAUAAGACCAACAGCGAAAACUAAUAUAUUCGUAAGAGAUAAUGAAUCUACCUGUAGCACCUCUAGGGCUACCUUACUAUCACAAUAUGGGCAUGCAGUUCGAAGUACAAACUGCAAAUUGAGAACCACUUGUGCGUUGUUGUAGUGUACAUUAGACUUCCAAAAUGGCUGGAAUGUGUUUAUUUCAGAGGUGGUAUUCUGUGUAGCUGCCGAACAGUCUGAACAAUAAAAUAUUUAAACCUAUAGCCUCUGAAAGGGCUUUGAUAAACAAAUGAAUGAGGUUCAUGGUCAAUAUAGUAUGUGUAAAUUUGAACACUCUCACUGCCACUUGACCACAAGUACUCGGACUUGGCCAGUGGCCAGUUAAAAACUUAAGUAAUGGUAUUUUAAACUCUCAUACUACCUAUCCCAUAUUGCCAGUCGUUUGGCCACUAACCAGAAGUGACUGUUACCUGUCAGUGUUCCUUGCACAGUACUAUAGCCAGUUGAUGUCCCCCUUUCCUUGUAUAGAAACAAUAUUAAAAACCUUCUUAACAGUGUACAAAUUACUGAGAAUUUAGACUGACUUAAAUGUGGAGUUUAUUUUUAGGAAAAAACUAUAUUGCUAUCGAUUUGGCUACUUUCAGGACGAAUUAAUCAUGAAACGUUUCCCUGUCUUUGUGUGCACUGUUACAGUUCAAGUUCGGGACAGCCUUUAUUCUCUGCAGUGAUUUUUGAAAUAGGAAUCUCUG